AGCAAGAGGCACGUGGGUUGGGUAGGAUGCGUGGGGGACUAACAUAAGGGGCUGCCUGCCUUGCUCUGGGCUGGAACCAUGAGACUCGCCCUGCUGUGUGGGCUGCUGCUGGCCGGUAUAACUGCAACCCAGGGAGGGCUCCUGAACCUGAACAAGAUGGUCAAACACACGACGGGGAAGAAAGCCUUCUUCAGCUACUGGCCCUACGGCUGUCACUGUGGACUUGGUGGCAAAGGGCAACCCAAAGAUGCCACAGACUGGUGUUGUCAGAAGCAUGAUUGUUGCUAUGCCCACCUGAAGAUCGAUGGAUGCAAGAUCCUGACAGACAACUACAAAUACAGCAUCUCCCAGGGCACUAUCCAGUGCGCUGACAACGGGAGCUGGUGCGAAAGGCAACUGUGUGCUUGUGACAAGGAGGUGGCCUUGUGCUUGAAGCAAAACCUGAAUAGCUACAAUAAGCGCCUGCGUUACUACUGGCGGCCCCAUUGUAAAGGCAAGACUCCCACAUGCUAGGGGAGCCCACUCUGUCUGUCCCCUGGAUUCUACCCUGUCCUGGGACAUCUCAAGCAUUGAAGUCCUGCAGCUUGCUGCCUCCCGCUCUGGUGUCUAGUCUCCUGGACCAGCUGGCUUUUGACCAGCCCUUGCAAAAGGGCCUGGCCUUGAGGACCUCCUCUUGGUGCCUUUCUGCUGUAAAGGACCCUUUUGAUCUUUCUAAUGGUGACACUCCUCUCCCUUAAACUCUGGUCUUUCUGGACCAAGGUCAGAGCUCAGCCCUCUGAUGCUGUGUUUUCCCCCAACUAAGCUAUGAGGCCUCUAGGUUCAGCCCUGCCCCAUUUCAGAUUCAGUGGUACCCUCUGGUGGUACCUUGGUUCAGGUGUCCCCUAGAACCAAGCCCAUUAUGGGCUCCAACAACAACAGGAUUUAAGGGUGGGGGGAGUUGCAGUCUUGUUGCACUGGGUGGGUGCUGGGGCUUGGCCUGCUGUUUCUUGUCCAUUGUGCUUUCUUUGGGAUCUCUUGCUGCAUAACAGCUCAGGCUCCGGGGCCAUCCUUUGGAAGCCUCUCUUGGCUAGCCAUUCUCCCCAGCGCUAAGGACAUCAUUGGGCUGGACUGUCUGGGUGGCAUCACACCCCACAUUUCUCCUGAGACCAGGGUGAUAGAUGUUCCAGUACUUUGUCUCAUCCCAGGCCUGGUUUCUUUCUCUAGAAACUUCCUCCAAAGAGCCCUCUUAAAAAACAACUUUCAUAAGAGCCCCUGACUCAGGCUCCACCUCUGGGGAAACACAUUGUAGCAACAUUUAUAAAUUCCAUGAUCUCUCUCCCUCCCAGAACCACCGGCCUAAUUACAAACCUCAGAACUUUCCUUAGCUGCUGCAGCUAAAGAGUGUUCAUUAGUGGCAGAUUCAAGAGCCAGAAGAUCUUGGAAGAUCAGCUUCCCAUAUGAACAUGGAAGGGGGACUAGGGUUUGAGGGAUGGCUUUGCUGGGUAUCCUUUUUGGCUCAAACUGACCCAGCCUACCUUCAUCCCUGCAGCUAUUGGCAUUGAAGGGACUCUAGCUAGCCUAGACCUGGCAAACAUGGCUCUGGCAGGCCUUCCCCUUUCCCCACAUUCUCUCUGCCUUGCUAAAAACAAAAAAACAAAAAACAAAAAACCUGUUAGAUUACAUCCCUAAAGCUAGACCCCAAAGUCUCUUCCCUUAUUUGGCAAGUUUCUCCUCCUUAGGCUGACUACCAAGGUCCCCUAUCAAAGUAUUGAAGUCCAGCAAUCAAAGGCCCUCUUUGAAGCCGGGCAGUGGUGGCGCAUGCCUUUAAUCCCAGCAUUUGGGAGGCAGAGGCAGGAGGAUUUCUGAGUUCAAGGCCAGCCUGGUCUACAGAGUGAGUUCCAGGACAGUCAAGGAAACCCUGUCUCAAAAA